AUGGAAUUCAUGAACGGUUCCAAUGGAUUUGUCGGGCGCGACGUCAUUUUUCGACCGAUUCAGUUUGAGCGGUACCGAAAGCCCUCCGUUGUUAGCUACCCGCGACAUGCAAUUGUGUUAAACCCCCACCACACACGACAGGUUGCACACGAUGGGAGGGCGAAGGAUAACACCGACGAGGCAUCGUCCAACGAGAGUGAACAGUCAGAGAGAAGUGACAUUGACGACGAUGACCCGCUGCAUAUUGAGGAGGAGCAGAUGUUGUGCCGUAAUGAGCAGCUGCGUCAGUUACUUCAUCUGCGAUGGCGCCAUGUUGGGCCCGCUGGAUGCGGACUGGAGAACAUGGGCAACACAUGUUUUGUAAACAGUGUACUUCAGGCCAUAGCUUAUACACCGGCUCUCGCGCAGUAUUUUGCCGGUACUUUUAAGGCUCCGUGUUCACAUGUGGUGGGUGCGCCAUACGACUAUGCAUAUGCGUUGGGGGAAACUAUACGGAAUAUUCACACCCCAUCGAAUCGAGCGCGUCGCGCGGCUCUUCUUGUUUCCAACCUUAAGGGUCUAUUUCCUCAUUUUCAGCUUGGCCGACAGGGGGAUGCACAUGAGUUUGCAGUUCAACUCCUGCAUGCUUGUCACCGCUCCAUUCUUUUUCGUCAGAUUGGAUCACGAAAGGUCAGUUCUUGUAUUGAGCAGACAAGCACGUUGCAACGUGUUAUUGGUGGGUAUCUCUGCUCCGUGGUCGCUUGGAGUCGACAGGAGGAAAUUCAUCGCCUCAUAAAAGCAGGAAAAAUUCAAGAAGCGGCCGAUUUGAAAUUAAGCAGCCGUGGUUCCAGCAGCGAUGUGUUGGUGUCGAAUACAUAUGAUCCUUUUGUCACCCUCAGUGUGGAAGUUGUGGGGCAAACCCUGGAUCACUGCCUGGCAAAGCUCUGUCAGGAGGAAAAGUUGUGCAGCCAUUCCUACGUCAGCCCGCGUGGGGUGGGUGUACAGGCAACGAAACGUUUUCAGCUUCAUAAACUUCCACCCGUUCUUAUUAUUCACAUGAAACGUUUUAACUGCAUGGGAGGGAAGGUCACAAAGUACAUUCAGUAUCCAAAGGAGCUUAACUUGGCCCCGUUUUGUACUCAUAAGGGGAUGAAAAAAAAGGCGGCAGAUCGUCGUGAUGCGGGUGGUGAUGAAAAGGAUAGCUCGUGUCUAUAUGAGCUCAACGCCAUUUGCAUUCAUGAGGGUAACUUACUGGUUUAUGGCCAUUACUAUAGUGUUGUGCGUGCUCGUAACGGAAUGUGGCUUUUGUGCAAUGACGAACGCGUGUCUUAUUGCGAUGAGGAACGUGCGCUUCGGCAGCAAGCUUACAUGUUAUUUUACUCUCGGGUGGAACCGUCUUCUUUAGGUGCAAAGUAUACGCAAAAGAAGGAAACACGUACGCCACAACUGUUGGACAGACGUCCUGUGGGAGAGGCGGCAACAGGAAGAAUGACGACGUCGAUGUUGCCUGGGUCUGCGAGAGAAGGUGCUGAAGAGGACAUGGGUCGUCCGUUGAGUGAGGAGGAAGUAAGACGGAUGAUGAGAAAGAAGGCGGCCGCCAAGCAACAGGGUCCGGACGAAGGAAAGAAGGAGGAAGGUGUACACCGUGAGCAGUUGAAUGGGCAGCGGGAGACGUCCUCCGCUUAUGCAUCUUCUUCCUCUUCUGAUGAGGCAGAUGAGCAUCCGUCGCGUAUGAGUGGAGGCGCGCUUAAAAAUGUUGUCUCGUCAGCACCAGUCAAUGGUAAAAGGGAUACCAGUGCUUUGCAGAAUGGUCAUUUAAACUCCCGGUACUGCGGUAUUGUAAAGGCCAUUCGGCAGCGGACGGCACCGUCCGCAUUGGUCGCAACAGCCACGACAACAACAAGAGCCCAGACGAUGGAUGAGAUGACGAUGGUGAAAGAGGCGAAGAGGGAGGCGAUUGUCGGGGGCCAAGUUAUGGAGGUUUUGGAGGAAAUGAAGCAGCAAUCUGUACCUAGUACUGUCGCCCGGCCUCGACAUGCGCCAAAGUUCUGCCAGCGUGUGCGGGAUCCAAUGUGGGAAAUGGAAAUGGAUCGUGGACGUGUGAAACGUGUGCGGGCGAAGCGUGAGGAGCAUGUGGGUGAAAAUAAGUUCCAGAAGGCGGAGAUCGCGUUUGACAGUCGAGGACGUCGCCAUCGCAACGCGUGA